AUGAAAGACAGUAAUAUUUUUAACCUGUUGGCUGCAAUCCUAACUUCUGCCGCCGCGCCUAACACCUCACCCAAGGACGAAUUGAACUUAAAAGAAAACCAAACGUCAAUGCUGGUAGAAAACAUCAGACGGCAACUCAUGAAAGACAACUACGACUACAUGCUAGAGGAGGCGACCACAACGAUCAUCAGCUCAAGAACCAAUCCAUACCACAUUGGAGAUGUGUAUGGAGACGAGACGGCCCCCAAGCAAACUACUGUGGAUUCCGCUGAAAUCGGAACCGAAAACUUGAAUAAUGAUGAUACAAUUAACUAUACAACAUUCAAACCAGUUCCCGUGCGUCGUAAGUCACAUUCACACGACCGCUCUAAAUAUCUCACAAAGACGGAAGAAACAAAUAAGAAUGGCGAAACCAACGCUGCUAAGGCAAUGUACGAUUCCGACGCAUUUAGAAAUGAAAGUGAUGAGAGGCCAAUCGCAGCUUCAACCACUGGCAAAGUCAAGUACAGUAUAUUGAAGGUGAAGAGGCCGAGCCGGCGCAGCGGCGCGCGGGCGCCCCUGCUGAGGGAGGAGAAGGAGGGCGAGGUGUCGCUGGUGAACCUGGGCGAGGGCGCGGUGCCGCAGCUGCGGCUGCCGCUCUCGCGCCGCCAGUACAUGCAGGCCGAGCGCGGCGACCUCUCCGACAGCUCCGCC